AUGAUGUCAUUUUUGAAGUCUGCAAAAUCUAUCGUCCCAUUGAUGGACCGUGUGCUCGUUCAAAGAGUCAAGGCUGAAGCUAAGACUUCUUCUGGUCUAUACCUUCCUGAAAAAAAUGUUGAGAAGCUAAACACAGCAACCGUUUUAGCAGUUGGUCCUGGAUUUACCGAUGCAAACGGUAACAAGAUUUUGCCAAAUGUUCAAGUUGGUGACAAAGUUUUGAUCCCACAAUUUGGUGGUACCAGUAUCAAGUUGAAUAAGGAUGAUGAGGUUCUCCUAUUCAGAGACUCCGAGAUCCUCGCUAAGAUCCAGGAGUGA